UGGACCUCCACGAUUAAUCCUACCAGUGUUCUAGAGGCUGGACUUAUGUAUAUAAGCAUCAGCCCAGAUCUCUACCCAGUCGUAGUCACGAAUCGCAGCUAACACGUUUAGGUGUGUCUUUCGCAUUUAUACAGAGUGACUGGCCACGUAAGGUGUUGGACCAUGAAAGCUAUACUUCGAAUAUUCAUCUGUAUUCUCCUCGUGGUGUCGAUCGUCCAUGUGAUCGCUCGACCCGAUGAAGGAGCAAAAUAUACAAAUAAAUACGACAAUAUCAAUGUAGACGAAAUCUUGCAAAGCGAUCGUUUGUUGAAUAAUUAUUUCAAGUGUUUGAUGGACCAAGGAAGAUGCACUCCUGAAGGAGCUGAACUGAAAAGAAUCUUGCCCGAUGCUCUGGCCACCGAGUGUCAAAAAUGUUCGGAGAAGCAGGCUGAAGUAAUCAAAAAGGUGAUCAAAUACAUGGUUAACAACAAGCCGCAACUGUGGGAAGAGCUCGCGAACAAAUACGAUCCGGACAAGAAGUACCGAAUGAAAUACGAGAAGGAAGCGAAAGAGCUCGGCGUAAAUGUUAAUUAAAUGCAAUUGAUCGAUCGCGCGACAGGAAUGCAUAAGAUUCCAAAUUGUCACGAGCGAUUAAUACGUUCUUUCUGGAAAUUAUUUACGCCUGAUGUAAUGAUCGAAUGACGAAUCGACGUUGCGAUAUUUGCGCCUGCGAAAUAAGCGAGAGACCGCUAAUUACCUCGACACGGCUAAUAAUUAAAAUAGUUUUAUAAUUCAAUUGAAAUAAAAAUUGAUUUGAACAAACGUGCUCCAGUCGACAUUUAUUUUUUAAGAAAAUACGAAUUCUCGACCAAAGGGUUAAAAAAACUGCGGGUGACGUUAGUCGUUUCGUGCUCUCCUGUUUUGGCGGAGUCAAAAUUCACUUCAAUGAACGAGUUCCAGUUGGUUUUUAUUUCUCGAUUAAAAACAAAAAAAAAAAAAAAA